ACUGAGAGUACAGUGAGAUGAACUUCUCGUUAGUUGUUAGUGGGAGGUGGCAGGUAGUUUUUAGUGCUUCAGCCAUCUGACAUUCAUUUCAACUCUACGUGUCGUUUCUCUCGGGUAAAGAUUAACACUUAUUUAACGAAUUAGUUAGCAAAAGUUAUUCAUUUUUUCACCAAGGAAAAAAAUUAAAUUAGUCUAACCAAUUAUAUAUUCUAAAAAGGUUUUUCUUAAAAAUAUUAAUUUCAAAUACAAAUUAAGUGAGAUAUUAUUUUCAAUUUGAAAAGGGUAAAGAAAAAAAGAAGAAAAAAAAAAAAUUUUUUUUAAAUUUAUGAAAGAGUGAAAAGUUUUUUUUUAAAAAAAAGUGGUAAUAAAGAAUUAGUGAACAAAAAAAAAUUCAUAAUAACAGAAAGAAGAAAGAAAUAUUAAAUUUUGAUAAUCAAAAAAAUAAAAAUGAGUGAUUGUACAUAACUUAGAAGAAAGUAAGAUAACAAAAAAAAAGUACAAAAAAAGUUUUAGGAACAACAAAAUAAUUAAAUAAAUAGAAUAUUUUUUUAAAUACGUAAAAAGAAAUGCUCAACCGAUUUUACGUGUUAAAUUUAUAAGAUAUCAGUGUCAACGUGCUAAAAACAGAAAAAAAUACAAUUUUCUUAUAUGCUUCUCAGUGAGUACAGAUCUUAGGCUAGCCAGUCAACAAGAGAAUAACAAUACCGAUCAAGCUGCUAGAUUUGGCUAAGUUUUGAUUAACAAAGUCUAAGAAUUCGACUCGUGUUCUGCGAAAAGUCAAAUCUAUAUCGCACAGACAUCGUAGGAUGGUAGAAGGUGAACUUGACACAAAGCAUAAUCAUAAGUGUGAUGUAAAAGACGAUCGCCUUAACGGUGGCAGUUCCAAGGACUUAGAACUUGCACAUAUUGGGUCCAAGGGAAAGACCCUAGACCCCGAAAAAGGAUCUUUCAUAAAAGCUGAUUUUGAGAAAGCCAUCGAAUUAGCCGAAUAUGGCAAGUUUCACUACUUCCUGCUGGCAGUAUGUGGCUUCGUUAGUACGAGUGAAGAAAUGGACGUGAUUUCCAUGUCCUUUAUUUUACCGAGUGCACAAUGUGAUCUCAAGCUCGAUACUCAGGCCAAAGGAUGGCUCAAUUCCAUAAUUUUCAUAGGAAUGAUGGCGGGGGCCUAUGCAUGGGGUUCAGUAGCAGAUGCAUUAGGUCGUCGCAAAGUCCUUAUCGCCAUAUCCUUUAUGAAUGCAUUAUGUAUUGUUGCCUCUAGCUUUAGCCAGUCUUACGAACUAUUUAUGUUCUUCCGGUUUCUAAAUGGAGCUGCCCUUGGUGGCAGUGGACCAGUUAUCUGGUCAUAUUUUGCGGAGUUCCAGCCAAAGGCCAAAAGAGGAUCCAUGCUUUCCUUUAUGGCAGCAUUUUGGACAUUGGGAAAUCUUUUUGUUGCUGGAUUAGCGUGGUUAAUUAUUCCCAACGACAUUGGCAUUACAGGAUCGUCAUUUACGUAUAACUCGUGGCGAAUCUUUUUGCUGAUUUGCGCUAUUCCCUCUUUUGUAGUGGCUGGACUGCUUCUACUACUUCCAGAAUCUCCUAAAUAUCUACUAUCCCGUGGAAGAUAUGAAGAAGCCUUAGACAUUUUUCGUAGUAUUUAUUCUAUCAACACUGGCAAAAGCCACGAAACUUACAUGGUAAAAGAACUGAUUCUAGAUGACUUCAAGAAACCAGGUUCAGUUAAAAAAGAGAUUACUGAGAAAAAUAAGUACAAAAUUAUGUUAGGCGAUAUAAUGGAUAAUAGUAAACAGCUUUUUGUUUCACCUAUUCUUCGUUUUACCCUCAUCUCGAUAACAAUAAAUUUCACAUUUCAUAUUGGUUAUUAUGGAUUAAUGAUGUGGUUCCCUGAAUUAUUCAAUCGUUUUGAUGAAUAUAGUAUAAAACAUCCAAAUCAGGAUGCAUCUAUCUGCAAAGUAACUGAGUAUGUCGUUAAUCAUGGUUCGCAUAGUGAUCAAAACUUUUGCUCAGAUGAAAUCGGCGCAUCGGUUUUCAUGGAAUCACUUAUUACUGUAGCGUCUGCCAUCCCUGCAAAUAUCGUUGCUGUUCUUGGAAUGGAUCGUCUCGGACGCAAGUUCUUUUUAGUAUUUAGCACCAUGUCGUCAGGUCUGUGUUCCAUUGGACUUUACUUUGUAUUCAACAAGUUUCAAAAUUUAAUAGUCUCUGCUGUAUUCAGUGGCGUUAUUAGUUGUGGAAAUGCUGCUUUGGAUUGUUUGAUUACUGAAGUUUUUCCAACAAAUCUUCGAGCUACUGGUAUUGCAGUUUCAAUGGUGGCCGCACGUCUUGGUGGUAUCAUAGGUAACAUUGUCAUAGCUCAGCUGCUAGACAUGUAUUGUCCAGCUCCCACUUUCAUAGUUGCAGCUCUACUUAUAGGUGGCGGUCUGCUAUGUUUAUUUUUACCAAACACAACACGGGAACCACUUUCCUGACGAUGUCGAAAAAUCUUCUCUCAAUUAGUUGUGUAUAGUAUUUAUAAAAUAGACAUUAUAUCAGAAGCACACAUUAAGAAAUUUUCUUUCGUACAAUGGGCGAUUCUUAUUAGGUGACCUAACUUUAAAUGAUAUAAAAUGUCUAAUAAUAGGAACAAAUUUACAUAAAGUCGAUUUCUUUGGGAGUGUACUUUAACCACUAAGUAUUGUUCAAUUUCAUGAGAAGUAGGUACAACAGUUUUUUUAAAGUUAGAUUACUUGAAAUAAUUUGUCCCAUACAUAAAAUUAAUGCCUUAGUUUUUGAAAACAUUUUUAAAAAAUUGUGUAAAAAAUUAAUAUAAUUAAAUUUAAUGACAUAAAUUACUAUAACAGUACCUAAAUAUAACAAGAAAUACAUUUUUCAAUUUAGAAAUGGUAAAAAAGUAAUCAAAAACUGAGGCAAUUGUGAUGUUAUAUUUGAAAACAAUAUCUAAAAAUACUUUUCAGUACAACGAAAUUGUGAUUUUAUAUAUAACGAUAACAUUCGUGGUGAUAACAAAGGUAUAAAAUAUUGAACUCACAAAGCCAUAAUUAUGAUCUGCUUAUAAUUAGCAAAUUAGUGUUAAACUGCAAACUCGUUUUUUUAGCCACUCACAAUUUCGUAAUACUAAAUGUGUGUAUUCUAUUAGUCAUUUCCGCCUUGUUAAUUUUCAUUUUUCAUAAUUUGAUAUAUGUUAUAAAUAACAUUGUACUUUUAUAAGACUUCCGAAAAAGUCACGUACGUGUAUUUCGAAUAUCAUCUAAGAAUGACGUAAACCAAAACCAAUUGCAACAAUUUCUGCUAUUUCUAUUGGGUGAGUUUUAAACUAUAUAUAAAUGAUACGUAGAGUUGAAAUAUAUUUUUACUUUAUGUUACGAUUUUCAAUUAAGAGAAACGCACAGAAACAAUUUCAAUAUAUAAAGUAAUUCAAAUAAACUGUAUUUAUUGCGCUUUAAUGUUUCUCAUUCAAAAAUCGUAUCCAUUGCAUUAAUUAAUUUAAAUUGUUUGAAUACAAAAAAUAGUGAAUCAAUAAAAUAGGAAUGAAGUAAAACUUUUUGACGAUUUACGAGACAAGGUACCUGAUGGUGAAAAGGCGAAUUUUACAAAAUGGACGUUCAAAGAAAUGCGAUAUAAUUGGUUGUAAUCUGCCGGAGAAAAGCAGCCUCACCAAUGCUUCAUUUAUAUAUUUGCAGUACAUUCGUAAGAUUUCUCGUAAAGCGUAAUAUUUAAAAAAAAAGAAAAUUUUUAACACUUGAAUAUCAGAUUAAAUUUCUUACUCUAUUUGUAUAUUUUGAUUAUAAAUCUGAUGUGAAAACUGCUUUAGUACGUAAACUUUUCUAAAACAUAUAAAAUUAAAUUUUGUGAUAAAUUACAAAAGUAAUAUUCAUUUUUUAAUAAAUAAAAAUGUCGAUAAAAUAAAUAUGAUACACUUUUUUUAGCAUUCUAAAAGCUGAUGUACUAGAGUAUUUUUAGCAUCAGAUUUGCGUUUAAAGUCUAAAAAUAAAAAAAAAUAAGUAACUGACAUUACAAUUUAAGAAUAUUUGUGAUUGUGUUAAAGUGUAAUUUUUAUACAAACAUUCCAAUGAAUAAUAUUAUUAUGUUUCAAUUUAAACCUUAGAGUACAAAAUGUAAAACAUGUUAUUACAUUAUGGAUUUUAGGUUCCCAUUAAAUUAUAAUAAAUCGUGUAAAUUUAAUUGAAUAUAUCAUUAGUUUCCAUAUAAAACCAAUGUGAUUCAAUUUAAAUUUUUAGUGAAACAAACCAAAUUAUUGUCUUGUUAUUAAUAAUCUUUGUAAAAAUCAAUAUGCAUAAAUUGUGCAAAAAGCAUAGCAGAAUUCUUGCUUUAACCAUGACGACCAGCCAAUUUUAGGCAGUGAAAAUAAUGUUAAAUCAAUUUGUGAGAAGUUUAUGUCUUUAUUAUCUUUAAAAAAAAUCCUGCGUAUUAGAAGAUACUAUGUGGUUAUUUAACGGUUUAAAUUUUCGACAUUUGUACCAGAUAAAAAAAUAUGUUUUUUAAAAACAAUCGCGAUAAAAAUUUUAAAUAGUUAUAUGCGCAUUUUGUAACUUUCACACUGUAACAACAAGCGAUUUAUUUCGAAAUGUUUGGUCUCUACAUUUUGAGAUAUUUAAACUGAUUGUGCCGUUAUUAUUGAAACAAACUUAAAUGUCUUCAACUGAGAUGCAUAAUAUAAACUAUAAUUAUGCAACUCAGUUACUAUGCCACUUGUGUUUGAUGUAACGUUCCUGAUAAAUCGAAGAUUUAUUUAAAUGAAAAUUGUAUAAAAGUAAAUAAACUUAAGAAAGAAACGAA